GGAUUAAAAAAAAUUACUUAUAAUAAAUAAAAAUCUAUAUAUACCGGUAUACGGUAUGCAUUACGAGUGGAUCAAAAGGUCUUGCAUCCCACUUCUGCACUUUGACAAAUAUAACUGCCUUUCUGACGAAGAAAACUGAUAUUUGAUUAAAUCUGCAUUUGCUGUCCAGAAUAUGAAUUGAAAAAAAAUAUUUAGAAUACAGCAAUACAUCUACAGUGUCUGCAUUAUGAGUGGCUCGAAGGUCUUGCAUAGUUGCCGCCCCACUGUGACAAAUUUAACUGCCUUUCUGACGAAAAAACUGAUAUUCCUAUCAGCUCGCACCUGCAAAUGAAACAUUACAUGCGUGUGCGAGCCGGGUCACGUGACGGAUCGGGCAAACGGUGCUUGUUUUCAGCAGAUUCUGCAACAUCGAAAGCGGCUAACUGAGCUUGGCGGUCAUGACUAACAGAAGAAUUGUUCCAUAGAUAUUGAAUAUACUGGUACUGGGAGCAUUGUAUUCAGCCUUUGAACAUAUCUUCAUUUCCUAAACAUGGAGGUCUUUGACUGGAAAGGAUAUAAAACCGAAUUGGGUGACAUAUUUUUCAAAGAUACAGACCUUAUUCGAUAUCAUAGUGAACAGUAUUUUGAUUUCUGGAAAUUUUUCUUGAGAUAUUUGGAAUAUAGGAAAAAGAGGAUGGGUCAGAAUGGUCAAACACAAAAAUCUAAAGAUUACAAUUUUGACAAUGGAAAUCUAAAGGAAUAUAUAUCACUUGGAAAAAGACAUGGCAUAUCGGAACAACGCAUUAAAGAGUUUUAUGAUGCAUUACAAAAAUAUUUUGAUUUCAAUCAAAAACAAAAUUUUCAAAAAUUAAAGAAACUAAAAUUACAACAAGACAAUCUACCAAUUGCAGCUCACCGUAGCGAAAUUAUAAACGCUGUAAAAGAAAAUCAAGUUGUAAUUGUUGCUGGCGACACUGGAUGCGGUAAAUCUACUCAAGUACCACAAUAUUUACUGGCGAGUGGGUUUGACCAGAUUGCAUGUACACAACCUCGCAGAAUUGCAGCAAUUUCUCUGUCAAAACGUGUGGGGUAUGAGACAUUAAAUCAAUUUGGAUCUUUAGUUGCAUAUAAAAUUAGAUUUGAUGGAACGAAAACUUCCCAAACUAAAAUUUUAUUUUUGACUGAAGGACUUUUGUUGAGGCAGAUGCAAAAUGACACCACAUUAAGUCAGUACUCUGUUAUAAUAUUAGACGAAGUCCAUGAGAGACAUUUGCAAUCAGACUUUUUGCUCGGAAUGUUUAAAAAUGUUUUGCUUCAAAGACAAGACUUGAAGGUGGUACUCAUGUCUGCUACAAUCAAUUUGAAACUAUUUAAGGACUAUUUUGAAAAUGCUCCAGUCAUACAAGUACCAGGAAGACUUUACCCCAUAAAAAUGAAAUAUCAUCCCAUACCAAUUGAGGAAAAAGUUACCGCAACUGGGAAUAUUAACCCUCAACCAUAUGUUCGAAUUAUGGAGUUGAUUGAUAAGAAAUAUCCCACAUCAGAGCAUGGUGAUCUAUUGGUUUUUCUGAGUGGUAUCACUGAGAUUUCAACUGUGGCAGAAGCUGCUCAGAAAUAUGCUGAUCAAUCAGGGAGAUGGAUUAUUUUGUGUCUUCAUAGUACGUUGUCUAUCAGUGACCAAGACAAAGUUUUUGAUAUUGCCCCUGAUGGCGUAAGAAAAUGUAUCUUUUCAACUAAUAUAGCUGAAACAUCUGUGACUAUAGAUGGAAUAAGAUUUGUUGCGGAUUCAGGUAGAGUAAAAGAGAUGAGCUAUGAUGAUCACAGUAAAAUGCAAUUGCUGAAGGAAUGUUGGGUCAGUAGAGCCAGUGCGGAACAGCGUAAAGGUCGUGCUGGACGUACAGGACCUGGUGUGUGCUUUAGACUUUUCUCGGAAGAUGACUAUGAAGCAUUAAUUCCUUACACUGUACCAGAAAUUCAUCGCCUUCCCCUUGCCAAUUUGAUUCUACAAAUGAAGAGUAUGGGCAUAGAACAAAUUAGGAAAUUUUCCUUCAUUGAACCACCUGCUGCACAUGCAAUAGAGAAUUAUAUUGAGGUUCUAAAAGCUCAGGCUCCAUUGGAUGUGGAUGAAAACCUGACCCCAAUUGGUAAAGUUCUUGCUGAACUUCCACUUGACAUUGCAAUGGGGAAAUUGCUUAUAAUGGGAACAUUAUUUGACAUGACAGACCUUGUUAUAUUAGCAGCAGCGAUAUUGAGUGUACAAUCACCUUUCACUUAUAAUGCAUACAAAAAUUUAGACGCAACUGAUCGUAGAAAAUCAUUAGAAUCAGACCAUGGUGAUCCCAUCACUCUUCUCAAUACUUUCAUUGAGUGGAUCAAAAUUAAAGGUGAAAAGAAAAUCAACAGUAGGAAAUGGUGUAAAAGAAGAUGUUUGGAAGAACAGAGGUUUUAUGAAGCUGUGAAUUUAAAAAGGCAAUUUCGAAUGCAUUUAGAAAACAAUACAUUGCUUCUUGAAAAAGAAAGUGAAAAGAGAGGGGAGACUAGUUAUGAAAGAAAACAAAAACAUUCUGAUAGAAAAAGCUUUCGUAAAGUACGAGCUAAGCAGAUGAUGGACACCAGACGUCCAAAAAGAUUGAAGAUUGGGGCAGCACAAAAUGACAGUGAUGAUGAUGAUGAUAAAGUAGACAUCCAUGAUCUUAAGUUUAACAUCACUAAUGAUGCUGAAAAACUGGCAACAUCAACCCCUGAUUUACAAAAAUUAAGCAAGCGUGAGAUAGAUGUGUUUAAGCUUAUACUGUGUUCCAGCUUGUAUCCGCAGUUUGCUAUUGCUGAUGAACAUAACUCAUAUGAAGGAUCUGGUAACUUGAUUUACCACACUGCGAAUAAGCCUUUCAUUACACUGCAUCCCACUAGUUAUUUCGCCAAUAAUGUAGAUAUUUUAGAUCCUUAUGGUUCUUAUACAAGCCGUGGAAGUGAAACUACAAUUAAAACCAAUCGUGGCCUUGUUUCUAACAAGCACCAACUCCUGGCUUAUGUAAAUCUUCUUGAAACAAAAAAGCCUUACCUAUGCAACACGCUUCGUAUCCCAGGAUUGCAAAGCCUUUUAUUGUUUGCACAAAGUGUGGAUGUGAGCUCUGAUUGCUGCAGGAUAGUAUGUGACCGUUGGUUAGAAUUUAUCAUUAAAGAUAGACAUGAUGCAAAAAAUACUCUUUUCUCUAUGAUCAGAUUAAGACGGACGUGGGAAGACUUACUAAAAUUGAAACUUUCUGAACAAGCUAAAUUAAGUGGAAAAAUGAUCAGCGAUUUAAAAUCAACUUUAUCCGAAAAGAUGGAAGAUUUUCUGGCGAGCAAAGUAAAAUACACAAUGUGUCGUCUAACAUCAACAGAAAAGAAAAACCUUUAUGCUAGUCCAGAAAGCUUAGAAUCAUUAGAGAAUCCUGUACCACCAACUGAAGUUAAAUCUGGUGUUGUAAUAACACCAUAUCUUAUAUACGACCGCAUCAGUUGCUCAAAUUCCUCUGCAAAUUUGAAGAAAAAUAAAGAUUUUGUAGAAAAACAAUGGACUUGUGAAGAAUGUGAAUGUGAGAUGAAAGCAACGACUCUCGAUAGACUUCAACAUCAAGUUGUGUGUUCACCUGAUUCAUCAUCCACUUUGCCUCCUGAAGAGGACAUGAUUGUGAGCAAAGCCAGUCAUAGCUUGAUAAAACAUUAUUGGUGUGAUACAUGUAAUAGAAAUUUGAAUCUAAGUGCAGUAGAAAUUCUAAAACAUAAAAAAUCUCACAAUCUCUAACAAUUUAGCAUUAUUGGAUAAACACACUGUGAAUGCGAC